CAUGGAAGAUAGUCUUCGUUUUCAUAUCCACUUCUCAUUAACACCAGCGAAUAAAAAAACACUGAGGUUUUUUUCUCAGCCAAUAAACCAUAUCAUUCAUCAAGACGCUGCGAGAUCACAUUUCCUACAUCUCUACGGUGCUAUGUGUUUAUGGAGAUCACUGAGCUCGAGAUGACUUUUAAACCGUGUAAUGACUUGAAACUUGGAAGUCCCCUGAAACCCAGCCCACUGGACCUUAGCUACAGGAACAAACUGUGUCCUGAUCACAACCAAUACUUCCCCAGCCAGUCCCACCAGACCCUGUUCCUCUGAGACUAUGUGAAUGUGGACUGUGUUAUGGGUACAGAACCCCAAGGGCCCAGUCAGGAAGAGAAUCAGACUUUCAGGUUGCUAUGGACUAUUGGAUCAACUCCUGAAUCGUGUCAGCUCUGCUUGGAACUUCACAAUGGUGUUGUUUCUGACUACAACUAUAAUAACCUUGAAUAACUCCUCUCAUGAGAACCAGACUACAGAAAACCCCACCCCCCAGGGUGCCCAUGUACUUUCCUAUAUGCUGAUCGUCUCUCUUCUUCUCAUCAUCAUCGUUCUCCCGACAGUAUACUUCCUAAGGUUUAGAAACCACAGGAAGGCUAUUGUCACCUCAGUUGAUAAGAAGAUUCCAAAUGGCUUCUUGGAAGAUCAAGGAGAGCAGACAGUGGUCCUCCUCCCACGAUCCCCAUCUCCAUCCAAGCGUUACUUCCCCAUCCCCCUGGACUCGCUAGAAGACCAGUUCCGGAUAUGCUCGGCAGACGACUGCAAGCUUUUCAGAGAGGAGUUCAAUUCACUGCCCUGUGGCUACCAGCACAGCUCCUUUGAGGAGGCUAGCAGGGUGAUCAACAGGGACAAGAACAGAUAUCCAAACAUCCUACCAUAUGACCAUUCCAGAGUGUUGUUAACUCAAAUCGAUGGUUAUUCUUGUACGGACUACAUAAAUGCCUCGUACAUAGAUGGUUACAAAAAGAAGAACAAAUUCAUUGCAGCUCAAGGCCCAAUGCACGACACUGUGGCAGACUUUUGGCGGAUGGUUUGGGAACAGAAGACUGCUACUAUAGUGAUGCUCACUAACCUGAAAGAGAGAAAAGAGGACAAAUGUUACCAGUACUGGCCAGACCAGGGCUGUUGGAUGUAUGGGAAUGUGAGGGUGGCAGCAGAGGACUUUACUGUACUGGUGGACUACACCAUGCGCAAGUUCUGUGUACAAUAUCAGGGGAGUGAUGGUCCCAGGGCCCCCUGCCUGGUCACCCAGCUCCACUUCACCAACUGGCCAGACUUUGGGGUGCCCUUCUCCCCCAUUGGCAUGCUCAAGUUCCUCAAGAAGGUGAAGACGGUCAACCCGUCUUAUGCAGGACCCAUCGUGGUGCACUGCAGUGCUGGUGUAGGAAGGACUGGAACAUUUAUCGUCAUAGACGCCAUGAUUGACAUGAUGCAUGUAGAGCAGAGGCUGGAUGUCUUUGGGUUUGUGACCAGAAUACGGGAGCAGCGCUCUCAACUCGUCCAGACUGAUAUGCAGUACUCAUUCAUCUAUCAGGCUCUGUUGGAGUAUUAUCUAUAUGGUGACACAGAGCUGGAUGUGUCCUCUCUGGAAGGCCAUCUGCAGAAGCUCCACAAUACCAGAGCACCCCUCGAAAGGCUAGGCCUAGAAGAAGAGUUCAGGAAACUGACCAAUGUACGCAUAAUGAAGGAGAACAUGAGGACCGGAAACCUUCCUGCCAACAUGAAGAAGAACCGUGUGCUUCAGAUCAUUCCAUAUGACUUCAACCGGGUUAUAUUGUCAAUGAAAAGGGGCCAAGAGUUCACGGACUACAUCAAUGCAUCAUUUAUUGAUGGCUACAGACAGAAGGACUACUUCAUCGCUACCCAAGGUCCUCUGUCCCACACGGUGGAGGACUUCUGGAGGAUGGUGUGGGAGUACAGGUGUCACUCUAUUGUCAUGCUCACUGAACUCAAGGAGAGGGAACAGGACAAAUGUUUCCAGUACUGGCCAGCAGAGGGCACUGCGACAUUUGAAGACUACACUUUGGAGUUGAAGGGGGAUGCCCUAUGUGACACUUUCACUCUGAAGGACAUGGUGCUCACAUAUGGACCAGAAAAACAGUCAAGGCACGUCCGACACUUUCAUUUCCACGGCUGGCCUGAGAUCGGAAUACCAGCAGAGGGAAAGGGAAUGAUCGACAUCAUUGCUUCAGUGCAGAGACAGCAACAACAGUCUGGAAACCACCCUAUCAUAGUACAUUGCAGUGCUGGUGCGGGUCGGACUGGGACAUUCAUCGCCCUGAGUAAUAUUCUGGAGCGGGUGAAAGCCGAGGGCCUACUGGAUGUGUUUCAGACAGUCAAGAGUUUACGCAUGAAGAGACCACACAUGGUUCAGACUGUGGAACAAUAUGACUUCUGCUACAGAGUGGUUCAAGAUUUUGUUGACAUUUUCUCAGACUAUGCCAAUUUCAAAUGACAAUAUCUGCUACAUAUACCCAUGUAUUUUUCCAACAGGCAUAUACCAUUUUGUUAGAUCGCUCUUUUUACGCUUUGCACUUAAACACAGUACUUAAACUUAUUGUUCCAUAUUGUAAUAUAUUUGUUUGUAUCUCUGUCUGGUUUUUUUUGUUAGCUCGUUCAAAACAGCCCAAAAGAAAAUGUAAUAUUAUGUAUAUUUAGUCGUGGACUUUUCAACUAGCUUUGUGUCCUCAGUAUUUGGAUGUCAAACGUUUUGAAUUGAAAACCUAAGACCAUUUGAUCAAAAAUGGGAAUGAAGGGUUUAUUAUGUUAUGUAAAUACGCUGAGUGUAUAAAACAUUAAGGACAGCUUCCUGAUAUUGAGGUGCACCUGGUCAGUCUAUGUCAUGGAAAGAGCAAGUGUCCUUAAUGUUUUGUCCACUCAGUGUAUAUUGAUAAACUUAUGCAUAUAAUCUUUAUCUAUUUAUAUAAUGUAGAAUUUAAUGUACAUUUUGAGUAUGUUAAAAACAUUACCAUGAGAUUGCCUUUCAUUGCCUGUGGUCUGUACAAUAGCUAUGGCACAUACUGUGGAAGUCCACAGAUUGGACAAAAAAAACUGCUGUUGUGAAGAUACACAACCUGCCAUAAGAGUUUGUCAUUGUAUUACUGACCUUACAAGUGACUUAAGUGCCAUUUAAUAUUUGCUGUGUAUGAUUUGUUUUAAUCAACAGUAUUGUUUUUUUCUUUAUUUAUGCUAAUUUCUACAUUGUGGAAUAAUAGUGAAGACAUCAAAACUAUGAAAUAACACAUGGAAUCGUGUUAAUCAAAUCAAAAUAUAUUUGAGAUUCUACAACCACCCUUUGCCUUGAUGACAGCUUUGCACACUCUUGGAAAUCUCAAAUAUAACAUAAUUUGAUUUGUUUAUUUAACACUUUUUUUGGUUACUACAUGAUUCUAUAUGUGUUAUUUAAUAGUGUUGAUGUCUUCACUAUUAUUCUACAAUGUAGAAAAUAGUACAAAUAAAGAAACACCCUGGAAUGAGUAGGUGUCUCCAAACUUUUGACUGGUACUGUACAUACAGUUGUAAUAACUUUUUAAAGGUUAUGUAUGUAUGUAUGUAUGUAUGUAUGUAUGUAUGUAUGUAUGUAUGUAUGUAUGUAUGUAUGUAUGUGUAUGCUUUUCAAAACAACAGUAUAUUGGACCUAACAUUUCAGCGUUUGCAUGAAGCAGUGCCAUACAAAGAUUGGAAAACCUUUCUGAUCAAGAAAAAAAUUCAACUUCAAGUAGACAUAGAUAGCUAAGCCAGCAGACUGUUUUUAUGUUUUUCAAGACUAAAUUAAGAAGUUAGAUUUCAACAAAAUAUACAUUUUACUGUUUCCAUAUAGUUAAUAAAACAGCCUUCAUCUCUGUAAUAAACGUGAUUGGUGUUAAGGGAAAUUUUUAUAAUAACCAAAAAUAUAUUAUUUAUUCUGUUUAUAGAGUUCUCAACUUGAAGUAUAAUUUAGAAACGGCCAUCAAUUUCCUCUUGAUAAGGAGUGUUCAGUCAUAGUGCCCUCAUAUCAAUCACUAAUUAACUUGAUUAUUAGUAUCAUUUAGCAGACACUCUUAUACAGAGCAACUUACGGUGCAAUUAUGGUGAAGUGUGUUGCUCAAGGCCACUUUGACAGUUUUGUCACCUAGUUGCCUCAGGGAUUUCGAGCCAGUGGUUAUUCAGUUACUAGCCCGACCGCUAGGCAACACGUUCGGCUACCUGCCACCUGGUUAUUGACAAUAGCAAAUUUCAGGAUGCUAGUUUCUGGAAUUUCAAUGUACUGUCAUGUACUGUGAAAUAUAUACACAGUAUAUGAUCAUAAAUGUAAUUUAAUACAAAUUUGAAUUACUUGGUUACCUGGUUAAGUGUUGUUAGGCUAUCCCUUUCAUACCAAAGGUACAUUUAUGCAUUCAUAACCUCUAAGGAGUGGUUAUCUGUAGCUCUGUUGGUAGAAGAUGGCACUUGCAACGCCAGUAUAGUAGUGGGUUCGAUUCUCAGGACCACCUGUAUGUACUAAUAACUGUAAGCUAAAUGGCAAACUGUAUUAGGUAAAGAUAUAAGGAUUGUGUCUUCAUUUAGAAUCAGUCUUAUGUACUGAGUAUGAAAUUAAGGCUAGUGGUUGCUGUAGUGCACAAUCAUCUUGUUCCUGUACAGCCUCUAUUUUUUUUCCCUUAAUUUAACGAGGCAAGUCAGUUAAGAAUAAAUUCUUAUUUUCAAUGACAGCCUAGGAACAGUGGGUUAACUGCCUUGUUCAGGGGAAGAACAACAUAUUUUUUACCUUGUCAGAGGGAUUUGAUCUUGCAACCUUUCGGUUACUAGUCCAAAGCUCUAACCACUAGGUUACCUGCCACCCCAAUCAUAAGUCUGUAUAAAGUUUACAAUUUUCUAUUCUGAGUGCAAUAAAUGCAAUGAAAAUAAACUAA